UCGCUUGGAGGAAAAGGGAAGGAAGAGCACACGCUCGCUCCAGAUAGAAAAAGAUCAGCGCCGCGCUCUCCAUCUCCAGUCUCCUCUCCACUGCCCCGCCCCGUCUCGGUCUCACUCCGCGGCAACCUGCCAACAAAAUCUCCGGACCCCAAACAGCGGACGGAAUCCCAGUAGAGCCCUUCUCCCCUCCUCGUCCUCCGCCGCCCCCCUCUCCGCGCGCGCCACCAUGUCGUCGGCGUGGGCCGACGCGGCGCUGCUCCUCGCCUCCCCGUCCCCCUCCUGCUCCCCCCUCGCCAGGCCGCGCUACGGGCGCCUCCGCAAGGGCUUUCCUUGUACCACUCGUUCUAAAGCUGGAUUCCAAAUCAAUCAUUACCAAGCAAGGAGCUUAAAGGUUGAAGCAAAGAUGGAUUCUGGUGAUGGCGAGACACAACUCGCUCCAGUUAAAUUCGAAACCCCAAGUGGUCAACUUCUGGCGCAGAUACUGCAAUCGCAGCCUCACCUAAUCCCUGUAACAGUUGAUCAGCAACUUGAAAACCUGACAGCAGAGAAAAUUGCCCAAAAGGAAAAGGCAGCAAAAGUUCCCGAGGACCUCCUUUACAAGCGAAUUGCAGAAGUCAAAGAGAAGGAAAGGCAGAAUACCCUGGAAGAGAUCAUCUACUGCUGGAUUUUGUUCAAGUUCAUGGAAAAUGACAUACAAAUGACACCUGCAUUAUCAUCAUCAGGUGGCCCUGUACGCGAUGUCUCCUCGUUGCCUAACCAGGAGUAUAAGCUGCAAAGCAUACACUCUCAAGACGCUCUUGAGAUGAUACAGAACCAUCUCAACCUUAUCAUGGGGGAGCAGGCAGCGGCGCCACUAGAUACCGUUGUUGAGAUCAGCAACUUAAAUCUCGGGAAGCUCUACGCAGCAUCCAUCAUGUAUGGUUACUUCCUCAAGAGGGUGGACGAGCGAUUCCAACUCGAGAAAACCAUGAAGACACUCCCGCCAAGCCUCAACGAAAAACUAUUUACGGAGAGAGACAUUAAGCCUAAUCCAUUCAUGGACAUGGAGUCCCUGGUACGGAUGACGCCUGAUGGGGAGAUGGUUGAUGUGGAGGAGGACGAGGAAACGAACCCAAACAAGUUGAGGUCCUACGUUUCGCGGCUGGACGCCGAUACGUUGCAACGGUACGCUACCAUCAGGUCCAAGGAAUCGGUCUCGCUGAUAGAGAAGCAAACGCAGGCUCUGUUUGGGCGGCCGGAUAUCAAAGUGCUGGAUGAUGGCUCUGUUAAUGCUAAAGAUGGUAAAACCGUAACGCUUACGUUUACAGAGCUCACGCACCUUGUCCUGGAGGCGGCUGGUUUUGGGGCCUUUUUGUGGGAGGCUGAGAGCCAUGUAGAAUCCAAAUACCAUUUUGUUAACAGUUGAUUGUGCGUUUUGUUAAUCUGGAAAUGGGUUUCUGUGAAUUUGAUAGGGUAGGAUCCAGUCCAUCUCUGGUAUGCCUUUUCAGUGUAGCUGAUGCUCUUGCUCUUGUUUGCUCUCUAUCAGCAGCAGCCAAGGGGCACGAAUCAAACCAUCACUGUCCAUGGCUGAUGGCUCCAUGGCCCCUCAGUCACAGAUCAGAUUGUAAUUUAACAGAGGAAUGGAAAAUGUUUCUUCCUAUGAUA